UCCCCCUCCAGUCCAGGAACUGCCAGCUGCAGAGAAGAAGGAAGAGAAGGAAGAAGAAACUCACCAUUCCUUGCCCAACCCCAGCCCCACACCCAGAGCAAUCAACAGUUCCUGACUUGCGCCAGAUCUUGCUCCGAAUCCGGUAGCCGCAUCCCCAAGCCAUGGCUGGUCCCUUCUCCCGUCUGCUGUCUGCCCGCCCCGGACUCAGGCUCCUGGCUUUGGCUGGAGCUGGGUCUCUCACCGCCGGGAUUCUGCUCCGCCCGGAAUCUGUAGGAGCUGCCGCCGGUGAACGGAGGAGAAUGUAUCCCCCGAGCGCUGAGUACCCAGACCUCCGAAAGCACAACAACUGCAUGGCCAGUCACCUGACCCCAGCAGUCUAUGCACGGCUCUGCGGCAAGACCACACCCACUGGUUGGACACUAGAUCAGUGCAUCCAGACUGGAGUGGACAACCCUGGCCACCCCUUCAUCAAGACUGUGGGCAUGGUGGCUGGAGAUGAGGAGACCUAUGAGGUAUUUGCUGAACUGUUUGACCCUGUGAUCCAAGAGCGGCAUAAUGGAUAUGACCCCAGAACAAUGAAGCACACCACUGACCUUGAUGCCAGUAAAAUCCGUUCUGGCUACUUUGAUGAGAGGUAUGUAUUGUCUUCAAGAGUCAGAACUGGCCGAAGUAUCAGGGGGCUCAGUCUCCCUCCAGCCUGCACGCGGGCAGAGCGACGAGAGGUAGAACGUGUUGUGGUGGAUGCUCUGAGUGGCCUGAAGGGUGACCUGGCUGGACGGUACUAUAGGCUCAGUGAGAUGACGGAGGCCGAACAGCAACAGCUUAUUGAUGACCAUUUUCUGUUUGAUAAACCUGUGUCCCCAUUGCUGACUGCAGCAGGAAUGGCUCGAGACUGGCCAGAUGCUCGAGGGAUCUGGCACAACAAUGAGAAGAGUUUCUUGAUCUGGGUGAAUGAGGAGGACCACACACGGGUCAUCUCUAUGGAGAAAGGCGGCAACAUGAAGAGAGUGUUUGAAAGAUUCUGUCGGGGCCUCAAAGAGGUGGAGAAGCUGAUCCAGGAACGAGGCUGGGAGUUCAUGUGGAAUGAGCGUUUAGGAUACAUCUUGACCUGUCCAUCUAACCUGGGCACUGGACUUCGGGCAGGAGUCCACAUCAAACUGCCACUGCUGAGCAAAGAUAGCCGCUUCCCAAAGAUCCUGGAGAACUUAAGACUGCAAAAGCGUGGAACUGGAGGAGUGGACACAGCUGCCACAGGCAGUGUCUUUGACAUCUCUAAUUUGGAUCGACUUGGCAAGUCAGAGGUGGAGCUGGUGCAGCUGGUCAUCGAUGGGGUGAACUAUUUGAUUGACUGUGAACGGCGUCUGGAGAAAGGGCAGGAUAUUCGAAUCCCCCCACCUCUUGUCCACGGCAAACAUUAACUCCGCAUCCCCAGCAGAUGAGUCAAGACCCCCAGGACUUCUGCAUAUUUAACAGUGGCCCAGUCUACUUGCCCUGGACCUUCCUCUCUCUCCCUGUCCUAGUAAAGACUCCACAUUAUA